UAUAAUGAACAUCUAGUGAAUUAGUAUAAUUUUAACAUCCGUAGCAGCGGCAAUGAGUUUAUAUUAUUUAUGAUCUUUGAUCUCACGUUUCGUUGAUAAGCAAAUAAAAGUGGCAUCCUGAACUCUCCUUAAUCAGUGAUUCUGAGCUUGUUGAAUGGGUUUGGAAGGCGAGAUGGAUUCCUCAUUAAGUAUUCGAAACUUGGAUGAAGUUCUGAGCAACGUGCUGAAACCGGAUGAGUAUGUGUUGAGUAGCGAAAUUUCUCCGCUCACUGUGCCAGGCGAGAAUUACGGAUCUAUUAUGGUGAGAGUAGUUAUUAACAUCAAAAACCGCAACACCAAAAAUACCAGAACUCUGCAUGCAGCAGGAAAACUUAUUCCUGACAAUGAAAUCAUCAAAAAAGUUUUCGAUACUCAAGUAACCUACAAAUGCGAAUUUUAUUUCUAUGCCUCGAUAGUUCCUGUUUUGGACGAAUUUUUGAAACGUAAUGGAUUUCCUGAAGGCGCUGAUUUUAUUGCGCCGUUCUAUGGAGGCAGACUAAAUCUACAUGGAGGACCUGAAGUUGAUGAAAAUGCCAUUAUUUUGCUUCAAAACUUAAAACAAGAAGGGUACAUCACUGGUCAAAAGCGUGUAGGACUGGAUAUACCAGUUGCACAAACUGCUCUGGAUUCGCUUGCUAAGUUUCACGCAUCUGGAAUUGGGCUCAGACAUUUGCAUCCAGAUGUCUUCGAGUCCAAGCUGAAACCCCAUUUUUACUGCUUCACUCCCUAUGGUUUAGAUGAAUUGGUAUUAGCUAGCUUAAUUCCUGUUCUGGAAAAAAGCGACAAAUUUAGUAAAGCAGAAGUGGACGUGGUUAAAUCAGUAUUCGCACAGAACGUUAAAAAACUGGAUGUUAGUGAAGCUUGGGGCACGAUCAUCCAUUACGAUUCUUGGGUCAAUAAUAUUCUCUACAAACUAGAAGGAACGAAACCAGUUCACAGCAUUUUAGUCGACUUCCAAGUCUUCGACUACGGCACUCCAUUAAACGACGUUAUGUUUUUCUUGUUCUCCAGCAUAAAGCAAGAUUUGUUUGAAUCGCAAAUCGACAACUUGCUCAAUUAUUACUAUCAAGGGCUCGUAAGCAACUUGAAGACAUUGGGGGUGGAUAUUUCAAAGUUUUCCCGCUCCAGCUUUGACCAAGAAGUAAAAAUGGCAGUGCAAAAUUAUGAAUAUUAUCAUGCAAUGUGGAUGCUUCAACCCAUAAUGCACGAAGCAUUUAAGUCUGUUGCAAGUUUAAAGGACGGAACUGAAGAUCCUACAAGUUGGUCAACGGAGCACCAAAAUAAAGUGAAGGAUAUAACUCGCAUGUGCUUCGAUAAAGGAUGGCUGUGAUUAUUACGUUAGUCUGGAGUAAAAUGGUUUUAAUGUAAAUUGUAUAGUUUAAAAAAUAUACCACUUUAAAUAUUCAA